AUGGGGUGAGGAGAUUGAAGAUGGGGCCAUUUAUGGCGUGACACUGAGGAGAGUGAGGACAGAAACACCACCUGAAGACAACCUGGUACGAGAUGGACCUCUGUAUCUCAAAGUAGGAGUGACCAUUAUACAUGACAUUAGGCCGCUGCCUAGGGCCCAGCUGUUAAAGAGGCCCAGUUGCAUGAAAUUGCUAUCCUAACGAUGACAUAUGGCUUAAGAUACCACCCUACAGUUAUGACAAAAUAACAAAAUAACACACAUUUCCAAUCACAAGCUACAAUUCACUUAAUGUUAACCUAGGCCAGACACUCUGUAUCUGGUAUUUUUCACUCAGACAGGUAACAACAGAUAGCAGAUAGUGUGUUCUAUCCCAUGAAGGUGGUUUCUGCGUAACUACUCAGAAUUUACUAUUAUCUCCACAUUUAAUACAAAAGGUCAGACAGGAUUAUUUACUAAAGUGUGAAUUGUUGGGAUUUCAAAGUAAAUUUUAAAAUUAAGGCCGAAGUAGCUGAAACGGUAGCAUAGAUCACUUGGAGAAUGUUUCUAGUAUGGCUACUGCAGCCUUAACUGAAGUGUGUAACAAUACUUUAUUAGUAAGAACAUAUUAUAUUAUGGCAGCAUACUUUUUUUAUAUUUUUCUGCUGUUAAAAUUUUAAUUUGACAUUUUUUGUAGUUCUUUUUAUCUUUCCCUCUUUCUCUCUCUCAUGAUAACCUAUGUAGACCCCGAUGUUUAAUUUGCCUUAAUUUCCUCAUUUUCUGUGUAUAUGUUCACCCACAUCUCUCCCAACCUGUAACCUGUCACAUUCCUGUCUUUUGUCACCAUAGCCGUCUGUCAUACCCUACUACUCACGAUAUAUCUUUCUAAAGAACGUCUUGGCUACUGUAAACAAUGCCAACCGCCCCUUCUCCUUGCGAUAUAAUAAAUCAUUGUUAUCAUUGUGUUUUUCUAUAACUGUAUCAAAUCCCACAGCCUUAGAUACGUUGAAUAAAAGGAACUAAGCAAACAUAGUUUAAUUGGAAAAAACAAACCAACAGGCAUAUUUUAAAUGGCUCAUUUAACAUCAAUAGAGAAAGGGAUAGGCAAUGCAUGUGGUGGAGAAUAUGAUAUAUAGAUGACCUUGUAUAAAUUAUAAAGACACAUUAAAUAUAUAAGGUUAGGCUCCCGACCAAGGAUUUAAUAUCCAACAUACCUUCAUCAACAAUAAUUACAAACUAAGCAAUAUAUCAGUACUUUACAAGGGGUGUUGAGGAAGAACUGAUACUUGGAUGGAUGGAAAUCUUGAGAUUUUAAAGACUCAUUCCAACUCCUGUUAACCACUUUCUUAUCUUCUACAUCCUUCUUUUUCCUCCAUUCUUCGUGAUAACCUCACGUCUCCACUCAUCCUAUCUCCCUUUCUUCACAAUUGCGUGACAUCUUCAGAACCAUCUUCUUACUCUUCUUGGUCCAUUUUGAGUUCCUCCACUAUUGCCUACUCUCCACCUUUUUUUCCUCUUUAUCCUGUGUUAUUUCCCCGUAAUUUCUUCCCCAUAUAACCCACUCCCCGUUAUCCCUAGGCUGUCCCUUCUUGCCCUGGUUAUGUUCAUUAUAAGACCUGUAAAGUUCGAAGUCUACGUGCUGGAACUCUUCAGAAGCUGGUAGAGAACCUCCUGGUAGAAUAUCAAGGAACUGAUACUGCCUACGUACCUACCUUCCUGAGCACAUAUCGUUCCUUUACAAACCCCCAGAAGGUGCUGGAGCUGUUGUUGGACAGGUGAGGGAAAACAUAUUUUGUUGUGCAUACAACUGGAUUUACAUCCAGUAUUUGCUCUUCCCAGACCCCCAAAUGGAGAUCAAAAUCUUCCUAUCCCCAUAACUACUUCCUCUUGCUAAUGACAAUGCAACUAUUCUUAGAUUAUCCAACCAUUUCACUUGAGGCCCUUGAAUAGUAAACUUUAACUCAUGGAAUUAGUUUUUUUUUUAAAAAUGAAAUAAAAAAGUAAACCUUAGAGCCUGAUAUUAAAACAAAAUAAAAUGAAAUUGAACCAUGAAAUUAAAAUUGUGUGUACCCCCAGCAAGACGGCUAAGAGGUAGGAUUAAUGAGGCCUUACUGGACUGAGGGUAUUUAAAUGCCCAUCAGUCAUAUGGUUGCCACUCCUCUUCAUUAUUAUUGCCAUUUUUCUUAAGGUUGAAACCUUUUGGGAUAUAAGGUGAUUUUGGGUAGAUAGUCAACAGUAUCUGAUAACUUCAAGUGUACAUUUGUUGCACCAACUACUGGCAAGGCACCUUUAUACAGACGCAUUAAAAUUCCUGCUAUAAACAAUAAAUUACCUGGUGGCCGUUUACAAAGAGUUACCCUGGAUGGACGGAUAGAUCCCACCUCAGAGCUGUCCAGAUGAUAAACUGAGGUUGUUUUUCUCUACAGACGCUUAGAAAAAGUGGGCAAUGAAGAAACUCUUCCUCCUGGAAGCCCAGUUCCAGAUGUCCUGCGUGUACAGAGGUCAGUGUGAAAAUUGAGAGGUCACAGUGCAUUAAUAGAAUACCCAUGUGUUCAUUGAGAAUAUGACCUAUAAUUUCUGGAGUUAUGAUUAUUGACAGUGGUGUAUGGAAAUCCCUCUGUUAUAAGGUAACAUACUAGCAAUGGCUCCUGGGCAGGUAGGUAUAGUGUUAGUGUGGGAAGAUAUAGGUGUGAAUUAAAACUGGAUCGCAGUCUGGUAAUACUGGACCUGUAGGUCUAUCAAAUAUAACGAGAGAAAGAAUUGUGAUGUCAGUAUGUUCAGGACAUUGUUUUAUGCAAUAAUGUAAUUAGUAGGAGUCAACGUGAUUUUGUAAUUAAUUAUGCCUCUCCUUAAAACAUCCGCAACCCCAGUUUAUAAAUGGAUUGGUAAUGUAUUUUACAUUCUAAGCUUUGUUUUCAUGUUCAAAACUUUCCAGGCAAUUACUGCUAAACUGCUACUGAUAUCACAGGUCUGGGGAUCAAACUGUGCCAGCCAGAAGAAUUGUCUAUCCAUGUAUUUCCUAUGUGGCUGAGUUAAUAAAUAGAUCCCCGUAGCUAGGUUUUUAUGAUAAUAUCAUACUGUAUAAUCAGCCAUUAAGAGCUGAAUUAAGAUUGCCCAGGGGCCCAGGCAGCAUUCUAGAUCAUGGUCUCCUCUUAGAGCCCCAUGCUCUGUUUCAGUGAGUAUUGUGUAUAUGGGAGGAGGGAGGGAGACUGCGUGUUGUGUCUGUGUGUGAAAGCGUGUGUAGUGGCUGAGGGUUGUGUGUGAAAGCAUGUGUAGUGGCUGAGGGUUGUGUGUGAGAGUGUGUAGUGGCUGAGGGUUAGUGUGUGAGAGUGUGUAGUGGCGGAAUGUUGUGUGUAUGGGCGGUGGGGAUACCGAGUGUUGUGUGUGUAGUGGCUGACUGUUGUGUGUAGUGGCUGAGUGUUGUGUGUAGUGGCUGAAUGUUGUGUGUGUGAUAGUGUGUGAGGGCUGGAUCUUUGCAUUCGCAAAACGUGUGUGCUGAGGGUUGUGUGUGAAAGCGUGUGUAGUGGCUGAGGGUUAGUGUGUGAGAGUGUGUAGUGGCUGAGGGUUAGUGUGUGAGAGUGUGUAGUGGCUGAAUGUUGUGUGCAUGGGCGGUGGGGAUACCGAGUGUUGUGUGUGUAGUGAUUGAGUGUUGUGUGUAGUGGCUGAGUGUUGUGUGUAGUGGCUGAAUGUUGUGUGUGUGAUAGUGUGUAGUGGCUGAGGGGUGUGUGUGCAGUGGCUGAAUGUUGUGUGUAUGGGCGGUGGGGACACUAAGUGUUGUGUGUGUAGUGACUGUGUGUUGUGUGUAGUUGCUGAGUGUUGUGUGUAGUGGCUGAGUGUUGUGUGCAGUGGCUGAAUGUUGUGUGUGUGAUAGUGUGUGGUGGCUGAGGGGUGUGUGUGCAGUGGCUGAAUGUUGUGUGUAUGGGCGGUGGGGACACUAAGUGUUGUGUGUGUAGUGACUGUGUGUUGUGUGUAGUUGCUGAGUGUUGUGUGUAGUGACUGAGUGUUGUGUGUAGUGGCUGAAUGUUGUGUGUAGUGGCUGAAUGUUGUGUGUGUGAUAGUGUGUAGUGGCUGAGGGGUGUGUGUGCAGUGGCUGAAUGUUGUGUGUACAGGCAGUGGGGACACUAAGUGUUGUGUGUGUAGUGACUGUGUGUUGUGUGUAGUUGCUGAGUGUUGUGUGUAGUGACUGAGUGUUGUGUGUGAGAGUGUAUAGUGGCUGAGCGUUGUGUGUGUAGUGGCUGAAUGUUGUGUGUGAGUAUGUAGUGGCUGAGGUUGUGUGUGUAGUGGCUGAAUGUUGUGUGUAUGGGCGGUGGGGAUACUGAGUGUUGUGGUGUGUAGUGACUGUGUUGUGUGUAGUUGCUGAGUGUUGUGUGUAGUGGCUGAGUGUUGUGUGUAGUUGCUGAGUGUUGUGUGUAGUGGCUGAGUGUUGAGUGUAGUUGUUGAGUGUUGUGUGUAGUGGCUGAGUGUUGUGUGUGAGAGUGUGUAGUGGCUGAGGGUUGUGUGUGUAGUGGCUGAAUGUUGUGUGUGAGUGUGUAAUGGCGGAGGGUUGUGUGUGUAGUGACUGAGUGUUUUGUGUGGAUAAAAAUGAGAGCUGUAUAUGGGAUGUGGGGGGGUGUCCUUGGUUAAUAGGAAGGUGACUGAGUAAAUUUGUGGUCGGCAAAUAAUUGCAAAUGAAUCAUAUUUUUAAUGGUUAAGCUUCAUGUGAACUUUGUUGAAUCUGAUUGCUUAGUAGGGGAUAUGUUUGUUUCAAUCUUCAUUAUAUUGAAAUGGUUAGUAGUGGAUUAGUUUGUUUGAUUAAAUUAGACCGGUAGGUAAGGGAUCUCUUUCAUCCCCUCUUUAUUGACUUGAUUAUUCAUUUAUUUUUGUGUUGUGAUUGUCUUCAUUUAAUAAAAAUGCUUCAUACAACAAUAAUUAUGUCAAGUCCUUAGUGAGCAAUCCUUGGUAAUCGUCUGAUCAAAUCCUAAUACUAAGUUUCAGAAUUUAUGUUUGGGUUGUUUGUUGUUGUUUUUUUGUUUUUUUUACUCUUAAAUCCUAAAAUGUUUAGAUAACUCCUAAUUAGACGAACGCACCACAAUAGACCCAUUCUCUUAUGCUUCAUUUCAGGGUUAUCCGGGGCAUUCUCCAGACCUGGUUAGAGACACAUCCUCAAGAUUUUCUAGAUACCCCUCAAUGCCUACAUCUCAUCUCGUCCUACCUAACCCAUGAUAGCCGUGAGACCUCAAAUCACCUUCUUCACCUGGUACAAAGUUUGGAAGAAGAAGGAAAACAAGACGUGACUCUGCAAGGUAAGAUUCAUUUCUUCCAGGAACCUGUGGGUAACACAGCACUCCUGUGAUAACUGAUUUUUCCGUAAAUUUAGAAUGGAGACUCUCCACGCAGCCUUCAGAACACAACAAGGAGAGCGCAGAUGCCUCAGGAAACAUCCCUGAAUUAUUGUCCUAUCCUUCCCAGGAAGUGGCCGAACAACUUACCCUGAUUGAUGUAGUAAGUGUGUGCAUGCAAUUCAUGUAUUUGUCAUUCAUUCUUAUUAUUUCCUACUUGAUUAUUUAAAGGGAAGCUACAGUCUCCAAAAUAACUUUAAUGAAGCAGUUUUAGUAUAUAGGCCAUGCCCUUGCAGUCUCUUUGCUCAGUUAUCUGCCAUUUAUGAGUUAAAUCACUUUGUUUCUGUUUAUGCAGCCCUAGCCACACCUACCCUGGCUGUGACUGACACAGCCUGCAUGAAAACAGAAUGGAUUCACUUUCAAUCGCAUGUUAACUUAUUUAUCUCCUGCUCUGUAAAUUGAACUUUAAUCCCACACAAGGAGCUCCUGCAGGGUCUAGCAAUCUAUUAACAGAGUAGGAGAUAAGAAAUUCUAAAGUUAAAAGAAUUAGCAAUAAAGGAAGUAUAAACAUUAGGUGACUCUUUACAGGAAGUGUUUUGGAAGGCUCUGCAAGUCACAUGCACGGAGGUGUGACUAGGGCUGUAUAAACAUUGUGAUUUAACUCCCAAAUGGCAUCAAAUUGAGCUGUGAAACUGCAGGGGCAUUAUCUAUACAGCAAAACUGCUUCAUUAAUCUAAAUUUGUUUUGGUGACUAUAGCAUCCCUUUAAUUUACAUCACACACAUCAUAUGAAUUCUAUAUACUGAGGAAAACACUUUUCAGAACCUAGCUAUUAAAUUUUCCCUGAUGUCAGCAAAGAUUCAAGAAAACCUGCUCUGCUUCACUGAUCUUUGAGUAACAUGUUUUGAAUCACUGUGUUCUUUUUUGACGUUAAAAAGUUAGGAGCUAGCUUUCAGGAUAAUGUGUGACUUGCUGCCUCAUUGCUUACUCCAGGCCUCGCAGUACUUUCUGGAUACUUGUUGAGUUAAUUGAGUAAACCAGUAACUUUGGAGAAUUGCCAAAAUAGAGAAAUGCUUCUUGAAUAUUUUCCCAUCUCAGCUGUUUUGCCAUACAUUUUGCAUACGUUUGGCAAUACUCCAUAUUUCCAAGUUUAGAGUAUAAACUCCCUACAUGCAUAUUAACUUGUGGCCAUUCUAUAGGCAUAUUCUCUUAACAUUGUCACCUUCGUUCUUUGUCAAACGUUUUGCGCUGUCCACAGAAUGCAAAGAUCCAGCCCUCCAAACAGUCUCGAUUUUGGUGGCACAGUCCUGAUUUUCUAUCAAGUUCACCUGAUAAUAUGAGUCAUUCUUAAAAGCACUGAGUUUUCUUGAUAGUUUUUUACACAAUUGUGUUCAAAUUCCCCAGGAUACGAGCUUCCUAAGUAGGGGUUUAGUAGAUAAAACUCCCAAAAGUUAUGUAUUUAAUUCUGUUUAUAAUACAGUCUGUAUCUUAGAGGUUUCCAAUUUAUUUAUGUGCAUUAUAUAAUAUGCUUCCUAUAACAAAUAGCUCUGUUUAAAGAGACAGUAUUAUUUUCACCUCAGUCUAAAAAAAGUACACAUUAUUUAAAAUAUAUUUGGUGAAGGAACUACAAUCGAUUAGUGUUUGUAGUUAUUGCUCAAUGAAGUCUUAAUUUUGAGGUAGUCAAGUUCAUUUUAAACGUCCAAUAUUAUCUGUUAAAUAAUCAUCCGAUUUUAAAAAAUCAACAGACUGUCACAAUCUGCCCAGUUUACCUAACUAACUUACACUAACGCCAAGAGCCAGAGUGUAUUUGCCUAGAAAGCUACCAAACAUCCCCAACCUUUAACUGCUGAUCCAAACGGCUGUCUUUAUUCCAAAUAAACAGAUAUAAAGCUAUUUUUUUCAAAUCUAACUAACACUGGUGGGCUGCUUUACAGAUUAUCUGAAAGAAGAUGUGUAGAUACUAAAUAUAGGAUUUGGGGAGGUCCAAGCUUGUGUCAUUGGUUUACAAUUCCUAUCAUCCCUAAUCUGUAGAAAUUAUUUCUCAAGAUGCCAUUAAGCUAUAUUUCCCAUGACUAUAUUCUAUCUAUAGAGCACUAUUUUUUAUCCACCCAUGGGUUGGCCAGGAAUCAUGGGAUCUGUAGUUUAACCCCUUAAGGACCAAACUUCUGGAAUAAAAUGGAAUCAUGGGAUCUGUAGUUUAAACAAAGGUUUAGGGCUGUUUUGGUUUCCUUUAUAUUGUUGCGUUUUUUGAUCCAGGGAGAAAUCUUAUUUUGAAGUCACGAAGGAUUGUUUUACCAUUUUGUGGGAAAAAUUGGGAUUGUUGUCUACUAUUCAAUCAACAGUAAAAUAAAAGAGAGAUGUGUUAAACACUGACUGUCCUCUUCAGCCAUUGUUACUGCGUAUAUUAGGAAUUAGAGUUACCGUAUAUUAAUUACCGGGAUAUAGUGUAACUACCUGAAACCCGCUCUCGCAUGUAACUUUUACUCUCUUUUGCAGGACUUAUUUCAGAGGCUCCAAACGUGUCACUGUCUCGGCAGUAUUUGGUCACAACGUGACAAGAAGGAAAACAGACACGUGGCCCCCAGUGUUAGGGCCACUGUGGCUCAGUUUAAUGCAGUGACAGCGUGUGUAACAGCAUCUGUGCUAAAUGAUAUUCAGCUGAGACCACAGCAGAGAGCGAAGGUGCUAGAGAAAUGGAUUGGCAUAGCACAGGUGUGAUUUCAUUAUUGUUAUCAUUAUUUCAUCACAGAGUGACACAGACAGGAGGGAGCUAUGGGAUAUGGAGUCUGUCCCUCCCAGCACAGGGUGACACAGACAGGAGGGAGCUAUGGGACAUGGAGUCUGUCCCUACCAGCACAGAGUGACACAGACAGGAGGGAGCUAUGGGAUAUGGAGUCUGUCCCUCCCAGCACAGGGUGACACAGACAGGAGGGAGCAAUGGGAUAUGGAGUCUGUCCCUCCCAGUACAGGGUGACACAGACAGGAGGGAGCUAUGGGACAUGGAGUCUGUCACUCCCAGCACAGGGUGACACAGACAGGAGGUAGCUAUGGGACAUGGAGUCUGUCACUACCAGCACAGAGUGACACAGACAGGAGGGAGCUAUGGGACAUGGAGUCUGUCCCUCUCAGCACAGGGUCACACAGACAGGAGGGAGCAAUGGGAUAUGGAGUCUGUCCCUCCCAGCACAGGGUGACACAGACAGGAGGGAGCUAUGGGACAUGGAGUCUGUCACUCCCAGCACAGGGUGACACAGACAGGAGGUAGCUAUGGGACAUGGAGUCUGUCACUACCAGCACAGGGUGACACAGACAGGAGGGAGCUACAUUAUAUGGAAUUUGUUGUUUUCCCUACAGGUACAGAAUAUGGAUAUUAGAAAUUAAUUGUCAUUGUCUUUCUUUUUCAGCACUGCCGGUUCCUGCGCAAUUUCUCUUCUCUUAGAGCUAUUUUGUCAGCUCUGCAGUCAAACUCCAUCUACAGACUGAAGAGAACAUGGGCGUCAGUGAGCAGGUACAGUGUGCGCAUGGUUCCCUCCACAGACACACUGCUCACCAGACAGCAAACACCGGCAGACAGGAACUGCUACAAAGCUAGAUUCUCAUUGUCUCAUGUUUUUAAUCUAGGGAUAAUCUGAUGGUCUUCCACAAAUUAUCCGCCAUUUUCUCUGAUGAAAAUAACCACGAAAUGAGUCGGGAGAUUUUAAACAAGGUAAUUACUAUGCAUGGUUUAAAAUACAUUGAUAUAUAAUAAUACUGAGUAUCUAUACACUGAUAAUGAGCACACUGCGCUGCAUAAUGAUCCUGAGUAUCUAUACACUGAUAAUGAACACGCUGCGCUGUAAAAUAAUACUGAGUAUCUAUACACUGCUAAUGAACAUGCUGCACUGUAUAAUGACACUAAGUAUCUAUACAUUGAUAAUGAACACACUGCGCUGUAUAAUGAUACUGAGUAUCUAUACACUGAUAGUGAACACACUGCGCUGUAUAAUAACACUGAGUAUCUAUACACUGAUAGUGAACACACUGCGCUGUAUAAUAAUACUGAGUAUCUAUACACUGAUAAUGAACACACUGCGCUGUAUAAUAAUACUGAGUAUCUAUACACUGAUAAUGAACACACUGCGCUGUAUAAUAAUACUGAGUAUCUAUACACUGAUAAUGAACACACUGCGCUGUAUAAUAAUACUGAGUAUCUAUACACUGAUAAUGAACGCACUGCGCUGUAUAAUAAUACUGAGUAUCUAUACACUGAUAAUGAACACACUGCGCUGCAUAAUAAUACUGAGUAUCUAUACACUGAUAAUGAACACACUGCACUGUAUAAUAAUAUUGAGUAUCUAUACACUGAUAAUGAACACACUGCUCUGUAUAAUAAUACUGAGUAUCUAUACACUGAUAAUGAACACACUGCGCUGUAUAAUAAUACUGAGUAUCUAUACACUGAUAAUGAACACACUGCGCUGUAUAAUAAUACUGAGUAUCAAUACACUGAUAAUGAACACACUGCGCUGUAUAAUGAUACUGAAUAUCUAUACACUGAUAAUGAACACACUGCACUGUAUAAUAAUACUGAGUAUCUAUACACUGAUAAUGAACACACUGCGCUGUAUAAUAAUAAUACCGAGCAUCCAUACACCGAUAGUGCGAACACACCGGCACCUGUAUAAUAAUACUGAGCAUCUACACACCGAUAAUGAACACACCGCUACCGUAUAAUAAUACCGAGUAAUUCAUACAGCAUAAUGAACACACUGCACUGUAUAAUAAUGAAUAGAGUAUCCAUACACCAUGAAGUACCGCACCGUAUAAUAACACUGAGUAUCUAUACACCAUUAAUGAACACACCGCCGUAUACAAUACCGAGUAUCUAUACACCGAUAAUGAACACACCGCACUGUAUAAUAAUACUGAGUAUCUAUACACUGAUAAUGAACACACCGCACCGUAUAAUAAUACUGAGUAUCUAUACACUAUUAAUGAACACACCGCGCCUGCAUAAUAAUAAUUGAGUAUCCAUACAUUGAUAAUGAACACACUGCUUCGUAUAAUGAUACUGAGCAUCCAUACACCGAUAGUGAACACACCAUUGCAUAUAACACCGAGUAUCUAUACACUGAUAGUGAACACACUGCGCUGUAUAAUAAUACUGAGUAUCUAUACACUGAUAAUGAACACACUGCACUGUAUAAUAAUACUGAGUAUCUAUACUCUGAUAAUGGACACACUGCACUGUAUAAUGAUACUGAGUAUCUAUACACUGAUAUUAAACACACUGCACUAUAUAAUAAUAAUGAGUAUCUAUACACUGAUAAUGAACACACUGUAUAAUGAUACUGAGUAUCUAUACACUGAUAAUGAACACACUGUAUAAUGAUACUGAGUAUCUAUACACUGAUAGUGAACACACUGCGCUGUAUAAUAAUACUGAGUAUCUAUACACUGAUAAUGAACACACUGCACUGUAUAAUAACACUGAGUAUCUAUACACUGAUAAUGAACAUGCUGCGCUGUAUAAUAAUACUGAGUAUCUAUACACUGAUAAUGAACACACUGCGCUGUAUAAUGACACUAAGUAUCUAUACAUUGAUAAUGAACACACUGCGCUGUAUAAUAAUACUGAGUAUCUAUACACUGAUAAUGAACACACUGCGCUGUAUAAUAAUACUGAGUAUCAAUACACUGAUAAUGAACACACUGCGCUGUAUAAUGAUACUGAAUAUCUAUACACUGAUAAUGAACACACUGCACUGUAUAAUAAUACUGAGUAUCUAUACACUGAUAAUGAACACACUGCGCUGUAUAAUAACACUGAGUAUCUAUACACUGAUAAUGAACAUGCUGCACUGUAUAAUGACACUAAGUAUCUAUAUACUGAUAAUGAACACACUGCGCUGUAUAAUAAUACUGAGUAUCUAUACACUGAUAAUGAACAUACUGCGCUGUAUAAUAAUACUGAGUAUCUAUACACUGAUAGUGAACACACUGCACUGUAUAAUAAUACUGAGUAUCUAUACACUGAUAAUGAACACACUGCACUGUAUAAUAAUACUGAGUAUCUAUACACUGAUAAUGAACACACUGCACUGUAUAAUAAUACUGAGUAUCUAUACACUGAUAAUGAACACACUGUAUAAUAAUACUGAGUAUCUAUACAUUGAUAGUGAACAAACUGCGCUGUAUACUAAUACUGAGUAUCUAUACACUAUUAAUGAACACACUGCACUGUAUAAUAAUACUGAGUAUCUAUAAGCUGAUAAUGAACACACUGCGCUGUAUAAUAAUACUGAGUAUCUAUACACUGAUAAUGAACACACUGCGCUGUACAAUAAUACUGAGUAUCUAUACACUGAUAAUGGACACACUGCACUGUAUAAAAAUACUGAGUAUCGAUACACUGAUAAUGAACACGUUGCACUGUAUAAUAAUACUGAGUAUCUAUACAGUGAUAAUGAACACACUGCGCUGUAUAAUAAUACUGAGUAUCUAUACACUGAUAAUGAACACGUUGCACUGUAUAAUAAUACUGAGAAUCUAUACAGUGAUAAUGAACACACUGCGCUGUAUAAUAAUGCUGAAUAUCUAUACACUGAUAAUGAACACACUGCACUGUAUAAUUAUACUGAGUAUCUAUACAGUGAUAAUGAACACACUGCACUGUAUAAUGAUACUGAGUGUCUAUACACUGAUAAUGAACACACUGCGCUGUAUAAUAAUACUGAGUAUCUAUACACUGAUAAUGAACACACUGCGCUGUAUAAUAAUACUGAGUAUCUAUACACUGAUAAUGAACACACUGCGCUGUAUAAUAAUACUGAGUAUCUAUACACUGAUAAUGAACACACUGCGCUGUAUAAUAAUACUGAGUAUCUAUACAUGAUAAUGAACACACUGCGCUGUAUAAUAAUACUGAGUAUCUAUACACUGAUAAUGAACACACUGCGCUGUAUAAUAAUACUGAGUAUCUAUACACUGAUAAUGAACACACUGCGCUGUAUAAUAAUACUGAGUAUCUAUACACUGAUAAUAAACACACUGCACUGUAUAAUAAUACUGAGUAUCUAUACACUGAUAAUGAACACACUGCGCUGUAUAAUAAUACUGAGUAUCUAUACACUGAUAAUGAACACACUGCGCUGUAUAAUAAUACUGAGUAUCUAUACACUGAUAAUGAACACACUGCGCUGUAUAAUAAUACUGAGUACCUAUACACUGAUAAUGAACACACUGCGCUGUAUAAUGAUCAUGAGUAUCUAAACACUGAUAAUGAACACGUUGCACGGUAUAAAGUAAUAAUUACAAUAAGCUCAUUAUAUAAUAAGUGUUUUUUUACAUGCUAGUGGUAAUGUGCUAAUUAUCUUUACAAUUUCAGGAUGAGAUUCCACUCCGUAGAACACACAGUGCGCGCAAUGAGCCACGCCCACUCCGGCGCUCAGCGUCCCAGGUCCACUCUUCGGUAAGAUUAAAAAAAGGAAAAAGAUAUUCUCCACAGUAAUAAUUCCCUUAUUUUUAAAAUUGAUAUAUUUACUUUAUUUUUACAGUUAGAUCCCAUUAAUUAUAGACUCAUUUUAUUAUGUGAUCUUGUUUCAAAGAGCUGUCACUUUUUCCUGCUGCAGAGACCGACGCAGGGAACGGUGCCAUACCUGGGGACAUUCCUCACAGACCUCAUCAUGCUGGACACAGCGUUACCAGACUUUGUAGAGGUGAGAUUGUAUUAUUCUCUGGGUACCCAUUCCACUGUCUACCACACUCAGCCCAUUGAUGCCAGUUGAACACAUGUUAUCCAUAUCCCAACCAGCUUGUUCGAUACUUCACCUCCAUUCCAAAAAUAACACAACGCCAGUUGUGCUCAGUAUUACUUGUUCCUAUGAUAAUACCUGGGAUGUAAAUCAGCUCUGGUCUCCUCACAUUUUUGUAAAUAUUUUAUUAUAUCUUUUCUUGUGACAAUACUGAAGAAAUGACACUCCGCUACAAUGUAAAGUAGUAAGUGUACAGCCUGUAUAACAGUGUAAAUCUGCUGUCCCCUCAAAAUAACACAGUGAAAAUGUCCAAUUUGGGCUCAAAGUGUCAAUAUUUUGUGUGGCCACCAUUAUUUUCCAGCACUGCCUUAACCCUCAUGGGCAUGGAGUUCACCAGAGCUUCACAGGUUGCCAUUGGAGUCCUCUUCCACUCCUCCAUGACGACAUCAUGUAGCUGGUGGAUGUUAGAGACCUUGUACUCCGCCACCUUCCAUGUGAGGAUGCCCCACAGAUGUUCAAUAGGGUUUAGGUCUGGAGACAUCCUUGGCCAAUCCAUCACCCUUACCUUCAGCUUCUUUAGCAAGGCAGUGGUCGUCUUGGAGGUGUGUUUGGGGUCGUUAUCGUGUUGGAAUACUGCCCUGCGGCCCAGUCUCCGAAGGGAGGGGAUCAUGCUCUGCUUCAGUAUGUCACAGUACAUGUUGGCAUUCAUGGUUCCCUCAAUGAACUGUAGCUCCCCAGUGCCAGCAGCACUCAUGCAGGCCCAGACCAUGACACUCCCACUACCAUGCUUGACUGUAGGCAAGACACACUUGUGUUUGUACUCCUCACCUGGUUCUCGACAGAAACGCUUGACACCAUCUGAAAGUUUAUCUUGGUCUCAUCGGACCACAGGACAUGGUUCCUGUAAUCCAUGUCCUUAGUCUGCUUGUCUUCAGCAAACUGUUUGCGGAUUUACUUGUGCAUCAUCAUUAGAAGAGGCUUCCUUCUGGGACAACGGCCAUGCAGACAAAUUUAAUGCAGUGUGCGGCGUAUGGUUUAAGCACUGACAGGCUGACCACCAACCCCUUCAACCUCUGCAACAAUGCUGGCAGCACUCAUACGUCUAUUUCCCAAAGACAGCCUCUGGAUAUGACGCUGAGCACGUGCACUCAACUCCUUUGGUCGACCAUGGCGAGGCCUGUUCUGAGUGGAGCCUGUCCUGUGGAACCACUGUAUGGUCAUGCCCACUGUGCUGUAGCUCAGUUUCAGGGUCUUAGCAAUCUUCUUAUAGCCUAGGCCAGGGGUCAGCAACCUAUGGCACUCAGUGUUCCUUUGCCUGGCACUCAAGGCUGCCAGAGACAAACAUGAUCUGGCCUAUCAGGAGUCCCAGUGGUACUUAAGAUAUCUGCUAGUGCAAAUUGAGCAGUGAUUGUAGGUGAUGAGGGACAAUCCUUUGUUUAUGCAUUGCAGCACUUAGAGUCAGUUAUCUUCGAUCACUUCCUGUGAAUGGGGAUCACCACUGUAGGGGUGUACUCACUUUUGUUGCCAACGGUUUAGACCAGUGGUAGUCAACCUUUUUCUACCUACCGCCCACUAAUGCAUCUUUCUUGAUGGAAAAAUUUCCUUACCGCCCACCAGUUUUCGCGCAAGUGCGGAAUAUUUUUUAGAAAGGAGGGUGUUUUAAAAAAAAAAAAAAAAUGUACGUGCAUUUAUCUUUUUAUUUCUACAUAAUGCAUGUUUAUAAUAUUUUUAACAUUAUAAAUUUUAAUUGGAAAACAAUAAAGUAAAUUGAAAUUACCUUUACUAGUGAUUAAUGAGAUCCUUGAGGUUGAUGCUACGAGACUAAAUAUUUGAUAUCUGGUUCGAUUUUCGUAAGGAACAAACGAAGGUCUCCUCUUUCGGUGAUAUUCAGACGACUUCUCUGUUUGCGCAUAAUAGGAUUUCUCAUCUGUGCGUCAGCUCAUCUCAUCUCCCUCCUCAAUUCCCCUCCCCACCUUUUUUAUCCCUUUUUUCUAUUUUGUAACCUUCCUUAUAGCAAUGCCCAGUAGGAAGGCUUAGCUCGGUAGCCCACUUACUAUAGCCCACUAUAACAGACAGACACACAUACAUACACACACACAUAAAAAGACACAUACAUACAAACAGACAGGCACACAUACAGACACACACAGGCAGGCACACCUAGACAGGCACACAUACAGACACACACACAGACAGGCGCACAUACAUACAUACAUACAUACAGAAAAACAGACAGGCACACAUACAGACACACACACACACACACAAGACACAUACAUGCAGACAGGCACACAUACAUACAGACACACACACACACAUACAUACACACACAUACAUACAAACAGACAGGUACACAUACAUACAGACACACACAUACAUACAAACAGACAGGUACACAUACAUACAAACAGUAAGGUACACAUACAUACAAACACACAUACAUACAAACAGACAGGUACACAUACACACAUACAGACAGACACAAGACACAAACACAUACAUAUAGAUAGACACACACACACAAGACAUACAUACAUACAUACAUAGACACACACAAGACAUACAUACAAAGACACAUACACACAAACAAACACACACAAAAUAUUUUUGUCACCCUCCUGUUUCCUACCUUUAAGGUGCAGGAGGGUGACUUUCCCUGGGGUCCAGAGGUGGCUCAGGUGCAUGGGAGUCAGAGUUCCCACUCUGACUCCCUGGUCUUCCUCCUGCACGGCUCUCAGUUUUAGCUGGGAGGAGUGACGUGCAGUCAAUUCCUCCCAGCGUGUGAUGUAAUAAUAGGGGGCCCGGUCGCGCUGUUAAAGCGCCCAGCGCCGACCGGGCCCCCUCUCAAUCUACAUCCAUCGGGUGGCCCUGACAGCGGGCUGGGGCCGAAAAUGGUGACGGCGGUACCCGGUAGAACGGGUACCGCUGGCUCGCACCCGCCCUCCCUCUCUGAAAUCCCUACCGCCCACCUGGAAUCCUGAAACGCCCACUAGUGGGUGGUAGGGACCAGGUUGACGACCCAUGGUUUAGACAUUAAUGGCUGUGUGUUGAGUUAUUUUGAUGGGACAGCAGAUUUACACUGUUAUACAGUCUGUACACUUACUACUUUACAUUGUAGCAGAGUGUCAUUUCUUCAGUUUUGUCACAUGAAAAGAUAUAAUAAAAUAUUUACAAACAUGUGAGGGGUGUACUCACUUUUGUGAGAUACUGUAUGUGAUCCCAGAAGGGUCUCAUUUGCUGAAUCUGUGUGAAUACACCUGCUACCUUUGACUAUCUAAUUUUAAGCCUUUGUUUGGAUCCCUCAGAUUCCUCUGGAUGUUUCAUUUUGCACCCAGUGACACUAGAAUAUUGUCCUUAGAGUUGUAUAGGGAUAAUAAAUACAUUAUGCUGUACAGUAUAUUGUGUAAAAUAUUUUCUUUCUAUAUUCUCUUUCUAUGUACAUCUAAACCUCUUGACAAUUUACAGGGUGGGCUCAUUAACUUCGAAAAGAGGCGUAAGGUAAGUUAUCACAUGCUACUAAUAAUACCUGUAUAAUAAACACUCCUAGUGUACACAAUUACAGUGAUUCUAACACCAUUAUAUCCAUACAUGCACAUGUACUCAGCACUAGAUACAGUCAAAGGUAUACCUGCAAACAAUCACACAAAAAUACACAAACUAGCACUAUUACAAACACACAGAAAUACAUUCAGACACAGGCAGAAAGAUGUGCAGAAAUUCAAAUUCGCAAGCAACAGGCUGAUACACAAGCUGUCAGAAACAAACAGUAUCUACAAAGAUGCACAAGCAUGCACACAGUUACACAUACUCACAAACACAUAGAGACCCACAAACACAGAUUUUCAUGCAUCCUCCUGUAUCUUGCCCUAUGUCUCUAGGAGCACGAUGUUCUGGCUAAGAUCCAGAAGUUGCAGCUGACAUGCCGACACUAUGUCCUGACACGAAAGCCAGAAUUUAUCCAGUCAUUUUACGCUCACCGACAGUUGACGGAGGACCAAAGGUGUGACGAUCAUUUCACUGGGAAACAAUUAUAUUGAGAGUCUUAUGGAUACUCUUAUUCCUGCUAUAAUACGGCUUCUGUCAUGGAUAUAUUACCAUUAUAAAUACAUUUCUAUAAUUUUUGUAGGGUUAUUAUAAUGGGGCUGUAUAUAAUGAAAAACAAAGUUAAUAAUUCGGUUGUAAUAAUGAGAUGUAGUUUUAAAUUUGUUAUUACCAUACUCAUAAAUUGUAAUGGUACCAGCAUUUUGGGGGUGAUUUUGGUUAUUAACAAAACAUAAAUAUAAGUUUUUCCUUGAUAUAUCUUCCAGUUACAGGAUCUCUCGUACCAUUGAGCCCCCUGCUGAUUCCUGUCCAAAUUCCCCCCGAAUCCGCAGGAAACUGACAAAACGUUUCAGCUCGUAAGUACACUGUCUGCUUAUUGCUUACUGGGGUUUAUUCAUUAUAUUGGUGGAGAAUUGACAAAAAUAGCCAAACUAGAAAGAAUAGCUAAGUUGAAGAGUUUUUUUGAUUUUGGCUAUUUUGCCUAUAAUUUGCCAUGUCCACAUUACUGAAUAAUCCAUUAUUGCAUAGAGAAUACAUUAUGCAGUGCUGUCAAUCAAUCCUUCCUCUUAAAGGAACACUAUUGUGUCAGGAAUACAAACAUGUAUUUCUGACACUAUAGUGCUGUUGCGACUGUUUUGGUCCCCCUCAGCUCGCUCUGAAAAAGUGAUUUUACUCAACUUCUGUCCCACGUCUUGCCUUGGCUGGCUUCACCUCCCUUGCUGAGAUCAUCAAACUUGAUGAUCUCAGCCAAUCCAAUGCUUUCCCAUAGGAAAGCAUAGGGACGCUAUUGCGCAUGUACGGCAAAAUGCAGUUCUGCGCCAAUAAGAAUCUCCUCCUAGAGAUGCAUUUAAUCAUGGAUAGAGAAGUUGGGGUGUAGGUUGUUUGUCCUGAGGGAAAAUAGUUUGGUUCGCUAAGAACAUUUUGGUUUGGAAGAGUAUUGGUAGGUAGGUCCGAACCUGCUGUGUGUAGGGUGUAUCUCGGUAUGCCCCUACAUGGAAGAACGCUGGAAACCAUGCCCUCGGUGGUAAUGGUUAUGUUUAUAUGUUAAUUAUAUGUUAAAAUGUGGUUUUACUUAUUGUGUUGUGGGUCAUUGUCGGGCGUAGUAUUGUUAAAGGAGUUGGGGGGAUAUGUUAUGUUAAUAUGUGACAAUGACCUUAAAUUAUUUUAACUUAUUUAUAUAUAUUAAUAAUGCUGUGAUAAUUUUCCCAAAUAAUGGUGUCCAAGUAUUUGUGUUUUUUUGGGGGGGGUUUAUCACGCAUAUGCCAGAAAGGCGACUAUGCAUAUGUGAUGUUAAUGUUGUAUUGCUUUUAUAUAUCACAGUCAUUUUUGUUGUAUAUUUAGUUUUUUUUCACUUGUUUGUUUUUUAUGUAGCUCAGCUAGACCUUUGUAUAAAUGUAUGGCUGGUUAAUUAUAACAUUCUCUUUCUAUCUUUCUCUCAGUUUGUUGCUAGGCUCUGAAGUAUUUGGUCCUAAGUUAAACGGCGAGCGUGUGUCUCCUUCAGGAUCCUGUAGCAGCUGUGAGAUUGAUGAAGGACUGAUUGCUGCUCUAAUCCCAGCUGAAUCUGCCUCAAGCCAGGUAAUUAGGCUUUUCAAUUCACACCUGUUAAACGGUAUUACAAUAUACAAUAAGGCACUAGAGAUCGGCUUUACGGUAAUAUGAUAUUACAGGGAUAAUAAGGCACUCAGAAACCGGGUUACUGUAAUAAGAUGUUACAGGGUAAUAAGGCGCUCAGGAGCCGAGCUACUGUAAUAAGAUGUUACAGGGUAAUAAGGCACUCAGGAGCCAGGUUACUGUAAUAAGAUGUUACAGGGUAAUAAGGCACUCAGGAGCCGGGUUACUGUAAUGAGAUGUUACGGGGUAAUAAGGCACUCAGGGUCUGGGUUACUGUAAUAAGAUGAUACAGGGUAAUAAGGCACUCAGGAGCCGGGUUACUGUAAUAAGAUGUUACAGGGUAAUAAGGCACUCAGGAGCCAGGUUACUGUAAUAAGAUGUUACAGGGUAAUAAGGCACUCAGGAGCCGAGCUACUGUAAUAAGAUGUUACAGGGUAAUAAGGCACUCAGGAGCCAGGUUACUGUAAUAAGAUGAUACAGGGUAAUAAGGCACUCAGGAGCCGGGUUACUGUAAUAAGAUGUUACAGGGUAAUAAGGCGCUCAGGAGCCAGGUUACUGUAAUAAGAUGUUACAGGGUAAUAAGGCACUCAGGAGCCAGGUUACUGUAAUAAGAUGAUACAGGGUAAUAAGGCACUCAGGAGCCGGGUUACUGUAAUAAGAUGUUACAGGGUAAUAAGGCACUCAGGAGCCGGGUUACUGUAAUAAGAUGUUACUGGGUAAUAAGGCGCUCAGGAGCCGGGUUACUGUAAUAAGAUGUUACAGGGUGAUAAGGCACUCAGGAGCCAGGUUACUGUAAUAAGAUGUUACAGGGUGAUAAGGCACUCAGGAGCCGGGUUACUGUAAUAAGAUGUUACGGGGUAAUAAGGCACUCAGGAGCUGGGUUACUGUAAUAAGAUGUUAGAGGAGUAUCGCACUCAGGAGCCGGUUACUGUAAUAAGAUGUUAGAGGAGUAUCGCACUCAGGAGCCGGUUACUGUAAUAAGAUGUUAGAGGAGUAUCGCACUCAGGAGCCGGUUACUGUAAUAAGAUGUUAGAGGAGUAUCGCACUCAGGAGCCUGUUACUGUAAUAAGAUGUUAGAGGAGUAUCGCAUUCAGGAGCCGGGUUAUUUUAACAAGCUAUGUCCUUUUUUUGUUACAGAAUUUCACAGAACCUCUCACCCCACCAGCCACUCCAAUCCGUGAUGAUUUAUCUCGCCCUGUCUCUUCUCCUCGUUCUCCUGUUUCCCCAUCCUGCGCGCUCCCUGUUUAUAACCAGCAGAUUGCUGAUCUCUGUAUUAUUCGUGUCAGUAUGGAAAACACACAUGGCAACCUUUAUAAGAGUAUAUUGGUGAGUGCUGUAUGUGGUCUGCAGUCCUGCUCUAUUCACAUUAAUAUCUACAGUUUGGAAUUUAGCCUCUGGGACGAGGCUCCUAGUACCUUCUAUUGUUUUUUUUCUGAGUUUGUUCGAUGUAUUAUGCUGUUUAUUAUCUUUUUUUCAAUGUAUGAUUCAGAUUCAGAAUUUAUUUUUACUAUAAAUUUGAUAACAAAAUAUAGAUCCUUAAAUAAAAAGGCCUUUUUGUUUUGCCUCCAAUCUUGCUUGUUCGCUGAUUUAGCGGCAAACAGUUUAUUCAGAAGUGUUCAAAUAAGUGAGAUUUUCAAACCAGCAGCUUUACUAAGCGUUGUUGGGUCGCUGUGCCCAUGUGUGUUUGCAAAGCAUUGUGGGUUGUUCGCCAGCUCUCCCUGAGUAUUGCAGUAAAUUCUAAUUAUUUGUCUUUGUGGAUUUUAUAGAUCCCUAAAACUGUUUCAUUCUCUCACACAGCUCACUAGCCAGGACAAAUCCCGUGUUGUAAUACAGCGAGCUCUACACAAGCACAAUAUAGAAUCGUGUCAACCGGACGAUUUCCAGCUAGUACAGAUAUUAUCCGAGGGGAAAGGUAAGGCGCUGUAUGUCUAUAUGGAAAAGGAAAGAGUGUUUGAGCUUAUUGUGGCUAACACGGGCAAUCUGGAUAUGUGGGGCCCACACUGCCCAAUUUAAAGAGACUGCAUGCAAGAAAAAGAGACUAGUGCAAUAGCUGUGUAUGAAAAAGCAAAUAACUACACUAAUAAUCACUGGAUACAGGUGAUAAUUGAUGGUACUGCAAAUAUCUGUGGACUACAUUACCCAUGAUGCUUCAGCAGAACUCUCUGCGAAGUCUCUCAGGCCCCCAUCCCAAUCGCAUAACUCUCGGUUAUUGACUUAUGUGUGACUUGUCAGAAAUUGUAAGUGAAUUGAAAGAGGAUUUUAAGAAUGCAUUCCAAUAUAGCCAAACUGAAAACAUUAAUGGCUUGCAGAUUUUUUUCCAAUUGCGUAUGUUUGCCGACAGUUCACACGUUAAAGAAUAAUUGUGUGAGUUGUGGAGUAGUAAUACCCAAUAAUAAUUUUUUUACAUUUUUUUUAUCUGCAGAACUGACCAUCCCGGACUCAGCUAACGUGUACUACGCUAUGAAUACAUCAGCAAAUUUUGACUUUGUUCUCAGACGCAGAGUGAAAGAAAGCUGA